UUCUUUUUAUUAUUAUUAUUAUUUGAUCUUAUCUUUAAUUUUAAAGUAAUAAUCGUCAAUAUGGGUUAUUUGACGAGACUCACAUCAAAUGUCUAUGCAAUUGGCGCAUUUGCCGCUAUUGCAGGUAUCAUGUUUGGUUUUGAUAUUGGCUCAAACUCAGGCGUUAUUGGUACCAUUCAAUAUAAAGAUUAUUUUCAUGAUCCUGGUUCAGUGUUACAAGGUGGUAUAAAUGGUUCUCUUUCAGCUGGUUGCUUUGUGGGCGCUUUAAUUGCUGGUUUCUUUGCUGAUAAAUAUUCUCGUAAAUAUACUUUAAUUGGUGCAUCGGUUAUCUUUAUUAUAGGUUCAGUUUUUCAAGCUGCAAGUAAUGGUGUUGCAUUACUCUGUGUAGGUCGUGUCUUGAAUGGUAUUUCAGUAGGUAUUACUUCAAUGGUUGUUCCUCUUUAUCAAUCCGAAAUUGCACCAAAAGAAAUUCGUGGUCGUAUAGUUGCUGUUCAACAAUGGGCUAUCACUUGGGGUAUUAUGAUUUCUUUUUGGAUUCAAUAUGGCUGUCAAUUUAUUAAAAAUACAGCUGCCUUUCGUAUUCCAUGGGGUGUUCAAGCUGUGCCUGCUAUCAUCCUUACUUUAGGUAUGUGGGCUUUUCCUUUCUCUCCUCGUUGGUUAGCUAGCAAAGGACGAGUAGAGGAAGCUUUAAAAGUGAUUGCUGAUAUUCAUGGUAAUGGUGAUAUUCAUCAUCCUCGAGUUCAACUUGAAAUGGAGGAAAUCAAUGCUACGAUUCAUUUUGAUAAAGAAAUCGCUUCUCAUAGUUAUGCUGAUUUAUUGAAGCCAGGUAUGUUCUAUCGUGUCUCCCUUGGUGUAUGUCUUCAAGUUUGGCAGCAAUUGACGGGUAUGAAUAUUAUUAUGUUUUAUGUCGUCUUUUUAUUUCAACAAGCUGGUAUUGGUGAUUCACAAGAGGCUGUACUCGUUUCUUCUGGUGUUUCCUAUGUUGUAAAUGUUGUCAUGACUAUUCCUGCUAUUCUUUAUGUCGACAGAUGGGGGCGUCGUCCGACUAUGAUAGUGGGUGCUUUACUGAUGUCUGUUUUCUUAUGGGUUGUAGGCGGUGUCCUAUCUACAGGUCAAUGGGCUAUUAACCCUCAAGAUGGUAAAUGGCAAGUAUUGAUUAGUAAAUCAAAGGCAGAUGGAGUUGUAGCUUGUAUUUAUCUCUUUGUUGCUUGUUUUGCUACUACCUGGGGCCCCUUAGGUUGGAUUUAUCCUGCUGAAAUUUAUCCUCUUCGUGUUCGUGCCAAGGCUGUUUCCUUGUCGACUGCUUCAAAUUGGUUAUUCAAUUGGGUUUUGAAUUUUGUUGUUCCCUUAUUAAUGGAACGUAUUCGAUAUGGUCUUUAUUUCCUUUUUGCCGCCUUUAACUUUUUAAUGGCUCUUCAUGUCUUUAUUGCCUAUCCUGAAACUAAAGGUUAUACGCUUGAAGAAAUGGAUAUUGUUUUCGAACACAAUCCUCGUAAAAAGAUUCCUCAUGAAGUCAUAGAAAAGUGGAUUGCAGAAAAAGGUCUUCGUCGUGAAGAAGACGCCAAUUCUGGAAUAUUCACUGAAAAAAAGGAAAAUCUUUCUCAUGCAGAAUCUGCUUAAAUGAAUUUAUAUAAAUAUAUAUCAUUAUUUUUUUUAUUUUUAUUUUUAUUUUUUUCUUUCCAUUACUUUAAUAAUUCAUAGUUUAUAUUAUAAUGUUUAACAAAACAAAUAAAAAAAAAGACAUGUAUAAAAUACUUGACUUUAUC